ACUUUCGUUAAACCCUGACACAAAAUCCCACUGCGCACUCUGCGAUCAAAGAAUUAUCAAGUUUCUUCAAGAUCACGCAACUCCAGAAACUGCAAAGAUGGUGAAGAGGGAGAAACAACCUAUUUACCAAAGCCUGUACCACCUAGGCAAGAUGGUGCCUUCGCAGUGCGUCUUCUGCGAGAGGAGUAUUUACGGAGACGAAAGCUUCAUCGAUUGUCAUUCUAAAAAGUGCGGUGGAAUCGACAACAAUGCAGCGGCGGUUCGAGUGGUAAACGAGAACAUUGAGGAAGUGGACUCGAACCGUAUCCAGUGGCUAACCAAAUCACGGAGAGACGCAGGUGCCAAGAAAGCAGCUGCCUGUCACGGACUUGUUUCCUUAACAAUGAACCGUGCGGCCUUAGCUCCUUCUCGCCCCUCGCGAUAGCUAAGUCAGCCUCUCGCUUAACAAUGAACCGUGCGGCCUUAGCUCCUUCUCGCCCCUCGCGAUAGCUAAGUCAGCCUCUCCCGAAAGUGUUGCGAAAGUCAGUCUCUCCCUUAACAAUGAACCGUGCGGCCUUAGCUCCUUCUCGCCCCUCGCGAUAGCUAAGUCAGCCUCUCCCGAAAGUGUUGCGAAUGUUAAGUGAUGGAAAACGAAAGAAGAACUUAAGAAGAUAAAAGAGUUUGUAGGAAAGUACUUUUAUUGCUUAAGUGCUUGUUGGAUUUCUUGGAUUCUUGUUGAUGGUUACAAAUGAGGACCCUACCUCUAUUUAUACUAGACCACCUCCUUAAUGGACGGUCGAGAUCUAUUUG